AGAAGAAGAAGUAGAAGCUGCUAAGGCUAGAUUAUCUAGCUCAUGUUGGACAAAUAAAUUUUAUAUCCAGUGAAUACUAAGAAAGGACGAGCUUCCAAACUGAUCAGAAAAUGGAGUUAAGAAACAUCAUGGACCAGUCUCCAUUGGUCCAAGCUAUAUUCAGUCGAAAUGUUGAGGAAGUGACCUUUUUGCUGAAUCAUAAUGAAGAUGUUAAUUCACAGGACCAAGAACAAAGCACACCACUGCACGCUGCUGCUUAUUUGGGUGACAUCAACAUUAUGAACCUCCUUAUCACCUCAGGUGCAGUUAUUAACAACAUGGACCAGGGUUUGUUAACUCCAUUACAUCGAGCUGCUGCAUCUAGAAAUGGAAAGGCAGUGGAGCUGCUACUAAAGCACAGAGCAGAUGUGAACACAAGGGACAAAUUCUGGUAUACACCUUUGCAUGUGGCAGCCGCAAACUGGGCUAUAGGUUGUGCAGAAGCCCUAAUGCCACAUCAGUGCAGCCUGGAUCAUGCAGACAAGUCAGGGAGGACACCACUACAUCAUGCAGCACACAGUGGCCAUGGAGAGAUGGUAAACUUGCUUUUAAGUAAAGGUGCCAAUGUAAGAGCGAGGGAUAAGAAGGAAAGGGAGCCGGUUCACUGGGCAGCAUAUCUUGGACAUGUGGAGGUUUUGAAGUUGCUGGUGUCUCACAGUGCUGAUGUGAUGUGCAAGGACAAACGUGGUUAUACUCCGCUCCAUGCUGCAGCUGCCUGUGGACAGUUGGACGUGGUCAAAUAUCUGUUGAUGGCUGGGGUAGAGAUUGAUGAACCCAACCUAUUCGGAAACACAGCCCUACAUAUGGCAUGCCAUAUGGGGCAGGACACUGUGGCCACUGAGCUGGUGAACUGUGGUGCAAACAUCACUCAGUAUAACAACCACGGCAGUACGCCAUUACAUCUGGCUGCCGCCUCCUCCAGCGGGACGCUGUGUCUUGAGCUGCUAAUCAACAAUGGGGCUAAUGUUAAUGUACAGAAUGCAGAAGGACGGACACCUUUGCAUAUGGCUGCUUUAUAUGGGGGCUUCACAGGCUCACAAAUUCUAAUCCAAAAUGGUGCUGAGAUUGACUGUGUUGAUUUGCAUGGGAACAGUCCACUUCAUGUUGCUGCAAGGCAUGGCCAGGAGUUGUUGAUUAGCACUUUGCUGACACAUGGUGCUGACCCAGCCAGGCAAGGAGUUCACGGUAUGCUUCCACUGCAUUUGGCGGCACUCUAUGGAUAUCCAGACUGUUGUCGCAAGCUAAUGUUUUGUGGUCAGUUGUACAACGUUGUGCCUUCUCUAAAGAAUGGCCAAUUGCUGACAGAUGGAUUUGAUGUAAAUACACCAGACAACUAUGGGAGGACGUGCCUGCAUGCAGCUGCCUGUGGAGGAAAUGUUGACUGUCUCAACUUGUUGCUAAAUAGUGGUGCUGAACUGAGUUUGAAAGAUAAUUUGGGAAGAGCUCCUUUGCACUACGGUGCAGCCAGUGCAAGCAGCCAAUGUACAAUCGCUCUGGUGAGAGCUGGUGGUGAGGUCAAUGAGCAAGAUGUGACAGGCUGCACCCCUCUGCACUACGCCGCUGCUUCACACACUUGCUGUAGAGGGGACUCUGAGCAUGAGUACAAUAUGGAAACGCAGCAGGAGGCCUCUCUGUGUUUGAAUUACUUGCUGGACAAUGGAGGAAACCCAACUGUGAAGAAUACAAAGGGUUACAGUGCUGUCCAUUAUGCAGCAGCUCAUGGCAACAAACAGCAUCUGGAAAUGCUGUUGGAGAUUUCUUUCAAUUGUCUAGAAGAGGUUGAAAGCAAUAUUCCAGUCAGUCCUUUGCACUUAGCUGCUUACUACGGACACUGUGAAGCACUGCAUUUACUAUCUGAGACAUUAGUGAGUUUGGAUGUGCGGGAUGUUGAAGGAAGGACUGCCCUCCACCUCGCAGCUGAGAAAGGGUUCGCCCUGUGUGUGGACAUGUUGUUGAAACACAAAGCCUGCUACACACUGAAGGACUACAAACACAAACGGACUCCUCUCCAUGCUGCAGCUGCUGAGGGCCAUAUGGACUGUUUGCUUUUCCUGGUCAACAUGGAGGAAAGCCCUCACGUCAUUGACAGUCCAGAUACACGGGGACAGACAGCUCUCAUGCUGGCAGCUCGAGGCAGUCAUGUAGACUGUGUCCACAUCCUGUUGGAAAAAGGAGCUGAGGCUGAUGCUGCCGAUAAAAAAGGCUGCACUGCGUUACACAGAGCUGCCAUGCUGGGCAGUGAGGACUGUUUAAAUGCACUACUGGAACAUGGCGCCUCUGCUCUGUGUAGAGACUCUCAGGGUAGGACCGCACUGCAUCUGGCAGCAUCCUGUGGCCACACAGAGCUGCUCCACACUUUGCUAAAGGUUGCUAUGAAAGCUGACCCUCUGGACUCCAUGCUGGACUAUAGGGGAUACACACCCACACACUGGGCUGCCUACCAUGGGCAUGAGAGAUGUUUACACACUUUACUUGAAAAUAAACUGCUUUGCCAUCAGGAAGGAAAUGCAUUCACUCCUUUGCAUUGUGCUCUAAUUAAUGGACAUCAUGUUGCUGCUGAACUUAUCACAAAGACUGUUGGAAGUCAUAUUGUUAAUGUCAGCGAUGCCAAAGGAAGAACCCCCCUGCAUGCAGCUGCUUAUUCAGGAAAUGUUGCUGGGCUGCAGCUGGUCCUGGAUCAGGGAGUAGACGUCAAUGCUGUGGAUCACUAUGGAUCCUCUGCACUUAUGGUUGCUGCAGACAGUGGACAGUCUGAUGCCGUUGAAUUUUUACUGCACAAGGCGAAGCCAGACCUGACCCUGGUGGAUUUCAAUAACAACACAGCUCUUCACUUAGCCUGCAGCAAGGGACAUGAGAUGUGUGCGUUGUUAAUCCUCGGAGAAACCAACGACUCCUCACUCAUAAAUGCAACAAACAGCAGUCUGCAGAUGCCCCUGCACAUUGCAGCAAGGAAAGGUCUGGCAACUGUAGUACAGGUGUUACUUAGCAGAGGAGCAGCAGUCAUGGCAGUCGAUGGAGAGGGUCACACACCAGCCUUGGCUUGUGCCCCAAACAAGAAUGUGGCGGACUGUCUGGCCCUGAUCCUUUCCACCAUGAAGCCUUUCCCUCCCAGAGAAACCAGUAUAGGCAGAGUCUGCUGCUUCAGCCCCAUCCUGAAAAGCUGUGGCAUUGCUGCCACCUGUGGGUCUGGUGGCAACAUAUGUCGGUCCUACAUUAAGGACCAGACAACUACUGUUGCUCUACACGGGUGUUUGACAGAAUGAAAUCGUCCUACUAUAUCUCAACUUUUUAGCAAUCAUGCAAUCUUCUUUAUGACAUGUGUGUGACAUACACAGCGUCACAGUGGAGUAAGUUCUCAUGCAGCACUCACAUUAAAUACCAC